AUGUCUCCCGCCAUCCCGGUUGGCCCAGCCCUGUUGCACCCAGCAACGACAACGCCCCUGUGCCCACGCAGCAUUAGCAACAGAGCCCCUUACAAGAACCACCACAGGUGCCCACUCAUGAUGAACGGCCUACGACCACUGUCCCCGAGCAACGGGGGCCGAGCAGACACCCCGUUGCCUCGAUUCCUCGGUAGGUUUGUUUGUUGAUUCCCUCUUCGCUUGAGAGCUUCGCUUAAGCUGACACGUGCCUGAAAAUCCUUGCAAAACAGACAGCUCUGGACUCCUCAUUGAUCCUCCGGUCGGGAAUGGGAAGGAGGGGGGAGGGGCCACCGGGGAGGAGAUGCCGACGCUGUUACAUCGGGUUAAGCAUAGUGCGAGUAUUCUAUCACUUUGUGUAUCGGAUGAGUUGAUUUAUGCGGGUAGUCAGAGCGGGGAGAUUCUGGUUGGUUUUUUUCUUUUUCUUUUUCCCCCUUCCCUUUGGCGUUGCGGAGCACGGUGAUGAGCUGACAACGGAUGGGUGAUAGGUGUGGUCGAUUGAGACUUUUCAGCUCGUCAAGAGCGUGCAGGCCCAUCAGGGGAGUGUUUUGUGUCUUUACCUCGCGGAUGAUCAGUCGGUUUUGUUCUCCAGUGCCGGUGAUGCGAUUGUCAACGUAUGUCCAUGGAACCAGGUGUUCUCGCCAAGGGCGAGAGUCGGGUCCGUAGCACUGACUGUGUUUGUAGGUGUGGGAUGCGAAAACCUUCGAGAACCUUUACGGUAUCUAUUCCACUUUCGACGUGGGCGAUGUGUUCUGCGUUGUCUACUCCUCGGCCCUACAAACCGCCUACUUUGGUGCGCAAAAUACUAGUAUUCAGGUAACUAGCACCCCCAGUGCUCGGCGGGGCGGGUGAGCUGCAAUUGACUUGUCGCGGCUUAGUGGUACGACCUUAAAGCGAAAGAUUCGCGACCUAGACCCACUUUGACCUCGCACCCUUCGCACCGCAACCACCGUUUCUUCGAUUCCAAGGGUCCCGGCGGAAGGACUGCGCCUAGACCCGCAUCGAAGGUUGUACCGCCGGGAUCGAGGCUAUUGGAGGUUGAUCAGGAAAAUAUUGUACAGUAUGCUCACUACGGCUACGUCUAUUGCAUGCUUCUCAUCACGCUUCCAUCCGGGUCGGAAAUCGGGGGCGACGGAGGGGAGAUGCUGCUCUCCGGGGGCGGGGACGGAGUGGUCAAGCUAUGGACAAUUAACCCAGCGACGAGCGCUAUCGCAAGUUCUCUGAGCUUGAGCGCCGGUGAUUCUGGAGUGCUGAGCAUGGCAAUCAACGACACUAUGCUUUACUGCGGAUUGACCGAUGGUGAAAUAUGCAUUUGGGACUUGGACACCAGGCAAUUGAUUCGUAGUCUCAGGGCCCAUUGUGACGAUGUCUUGACCAUGUCUGUCAUGGGGAAUUGCAUCUUUAGUGGGAGUGCUAGCGGUUAUUCGAGGGUACUUUCCCGCUUUUUUUUACGGGUGUCGCAUGCUGACAAUAGCUUUUAUAGAAAUGGAAUCAACGUUUCGAGCAUAUGAGCCGCUGGCAGUCUCACUCUGGGCUGAUACUGGCUUCUGCUGCGACCAAGCGUCAUGGGAGACUGAUUUACAUCACCGGCGGAAAUGACAACUGUGUAGCAAUCUGGGACGCUUCUGCCCUUGUGCAGGCGGAAUCGCAGGCUUUGAGAUCUCAGAAUGACCAGCUCCUUUGCUCGCUGAGUAAGAUGGUUUCCUUCCGCACUGUUUCUAGCGAUCCUAGCUAUGCCGAAGAAUGUCGCCGAGGUGCAACCUAUCUCAAGCAGCUAUUUAGGCGGUACGGCGCGACGGCUACGCUCUUGCCCUCGGAGGAGGGUAGGAACCCGAUAGUUCACGCGAGGUUUGGCAGCUGCGGUAGGAAGGGCAGGAGCAAAGGGAAAACGAUACUGUUCUACGGCCAUUAUGAUGUAAUACCUGCUUCCGAGUCGGCUGGGGCUGGGUGGCAAACCCGGCCAUUUGAACUAACGGGGAUGAAUGGAUAUCUAUACGGUCGUGGAGUAUCAGAUAACAAGGGCCCUUGUCUCGCCGCGCUGUUCGCUGCCGGUGAACUCGUACAGGAGCAGGAGCUGGAUGCGGACAUCAUGUUCCUGAUCGAGGGGGAAGAGGAAUCUGGGAGCAGGGGCUUUGUCGAUGCCGUUAGGAGAAAUAAGGACUUUAUCGGCGAUGUGGACUGGAUUCUGUUGGCCAACAGCUACUGGCUUGAUGAUGAUGUUCCGUGCUUAACCUACGGCCUAAGAGGGGUAAUACAUGCUACCGUGGUAGUGGAGAGCGACAAGCCGGACCUGCAUUCGGGCGUUGAGGGCAGUAGACUUAACCGAGAGCCUACGAUCGACCUGGUAAACUUAUUGGCUAAAUUGACCUCUCCAAACGGGAAGGUCUUGAUUCCUGGUAGGAUUCAAUCUUGCGAGCGUGCCGAGGUGUUUGCUGACUGUAUUGUCUAUAGGAUUCUCGGAGCCCGUCCGCCCCGUCACCCCCGCCGAGGAAGAAAUGUACACCGCCAUUACCAAUGCCAUUGUCAACAAACCGGACUGGUCCCACCUAACCGCAGCCCAGAUAAAAGACCAUCUGAUGUCAAAAUGGCGCUUCCCGUCGCUAACAAUCCACAAGGUUUCCGUUUCGGGACCGUCGAACGCGACCAUCAUCCCGCGCGCAGCGUCGGCUUCGAUAUCCCUUCGCAUAGUGCCGGACCAGGAGCUAUCCGUGAUAAAGGAACAACUAGUCUCGUAUCUGCGCGGCGAGUACUCCUCGUUCAGCAGCAACAACAAGCUCAUCAUCACAAUAGACCACGAAGCGGAGCCCUGGCUAGGGGAUCCCGAAAACGACGCAUUUAGAACAUUGGAAGAGGCUGUUAUGGAUGUGUGGUCCGAGGGGAAUGAGGAACGGGUCAGGCCGCUGUACAUUCGUGAGGGUGGGAGUAUCCCCACUGCAAGGUUUUUGGAGAAAGAGUUUGGGGCCCCGGCAGCACAUCUUCCGUGUGGACAGGCGAGUGAUCAAGCGCAUUUGGAUGAUGAGCGGCUGAGACUUGUUAAUCUUUAUAAGGUGUGUUUUUUCUUUUCCUUUUUUUUUUCUUCUUCUCCCCUCCACCGUGUUACCGAAGGACUUCCUGGUGUGUGAUGGCUCCUGUACUGAUCCUGAUGGGGUGCUUUAGAGCAAGGCGGUUCUGAAGAGAGUGUUUAAGGAGUUGCCGAGAAAGUAGACCCAUUUUUUUUAUAUUUCAUCAUAUUGUUAUAGAAUAUUGCGGUGGAUUGGAGCGAUGGUAGAGUCUGCUUCUACGGCAGGCGAAUGUUUAUAUGCUCGUAAAAGUGGCUGCAGGGGAGUGCACUGUCUGCCCGUCUACUCGUAGUUAGAUGUUUGUUCACUGCAUCGCCGGAAUAAAUUCCCCCUCGGUUGGUUUUUGCGAUUGGGUCGUUUAGUGGUUGCCAUGUAUUGUUGAGCACGUUUUUGUAGGAAGCCAUGUCUAUGGUCUCUAGGAAUUAUGACAUGGGCGCGGAAGUUGUGGUGGUGGUGGGGGAGGUGGUUGCCUAUCUAGUCUAACUGAAACAACCUGGCAACCGAUGUCACCACACCGAAAAUAAAUUUAAUUCCCACUGGCG